AUGGGAUUCGAUCAGCCUUCCUCCGAAGUGGAUGUUGUUGUCAGAUAUCUCGAGAAAUACUACCAGGCCACUAUCGCCGAUAAAUCAUCGGGAGAGGACAUUGUCGGAGAACCUCAUCAAGCAAGAACUAUCGAGCGUGCAUUGGCAGCUUUGCUCGCUCACACUUGUGCACACCUCGGAAACCCUCCGAACUUAAUAGGUGCUGGUGCUACACAGACGUUAGGCAGUCCACUGGUUAAGCGCACUCGUGGAAGGCCCAAGAGUAUCCUUCCUGCUACUGCUUCGUCUGCUGUCAAGCCCAAAGCGAAGAGAGCUGCUCCAGCUGCAAAAGCANAGGCAUCUGCCGCUGUCACUCCGAAGGCUACUCGUGCUCGCGGAAGACCUAGAAAGUCUGAUGUCGUUGUUCCUCCAUCUACUGGCCGUCCUCGUGGCAGACCACGAAAGAACCCAGUAGUAACUGCCCCUGCCGUUCCUCAAUUGACGGCAGAUGGUACUGCUGCGCCUGCUAAGCGCGGCAGAGGCAGGCCCAAAAGACUGACUCGACCCCAGCAGCAGCAGCAGCAACAACUGCUACGAAGCGUACUGCAUCUGCCCUCGGAGACGAAGAGCCCGCAUCCAACAAAGCACGCAAGACCACUAGCGACGAGGAAANUGCAGGAGCAAAUCAGUGCAGAUGAGCUUCGCGAAGUUGAACAAGCAGGUCAGACUGCUCCGUUCACUCCUCAAGUAUGGUUCCCAACUUACGUUUCAAGAAUCGCCAGGGUGAUCUACCACUGCAUUGCAGAUGGACCGGCUGGUGGUAUGACCGAAGACGAGAUGAUGUCACGUACUGGUUUGCCAUAUACCGAUGUCAAUGCUGGUGUUUCGCAAUUGCAUGAGAAGGGUGGCAUUGAGCCUGCUGUUGGCGACGAUUCAAGAUGGCAAGUGUUUGAUGAGUGGGAGGACGAGGACGAAUGA